AUGCCCCACAACCACUCUCACGACGGCGGCCAUUCACACGAUGGCUUUCCGGCACAGGACCAUGGCCAUUCGCACGAGAUUCUCGACGGACCAGGCAGCUACAUCGGGAGAGAGAUGCCGAUUGUAGAAGGGAGGAAUUGGUCCGAGAGGGCCUUUACCGUGGGCAUCGGAGGACCCGUGGGCUCCGGUAAGACCGCCCUCAUGCUAGCCCUCUGCCUGGCCCUGCGCCAGAAGUACUCCCUCGCCGCCGUCACAAACGACAUCUUCACGCGCGAGGACGCCGAGUUCCUCACGCGGCACGCGGCGCUGCCGGCGGAGCGCAUCCGCGCCAUCGAGACGGGCGGCUGCCCGCACGCCGCCGUGCGCGAGGACAUCUCGGCCAACCUCGCCGCGCUGGAGGACCUGCACGGCCGCUUCGCCACGGACCUGCUGCUCAUCGAGUCGGGCGGCGACAACCUGGCCGCCAACUACUCGCGCGAGCUGGCCGACUUCAUCGUCUACGUGAUCGACGUGAGCGGCGGCGACAAGGUGCCGCGCAAGGGGGGGCCCGGCAUCACCCAGAGCGACCUGCUGGUCGUGAACAAGACGGACCUGGCCGAGGCCGUGGGCGCCGACCUGGCCGUCAUGGAGCGGGACGCGCGGAGCAUGAGGGAGGGCGGGCCCACCGUCUUCGCGCAGGUCAAGAAGGGCGUCGGCGUCGAGCACAUUGUGAAUCUGGUCUUGAGCGCGUGGAGGGCCAGCGGCGCCGAGGCCGAGAGGGUAAGGCAGGGCGGGCCGACGCCGACUCCGGGCCUGGACGGGCUGGAGAAGAAGUAG